AUGAACACAGUAACAGAGUUCAGCGAUAGCGGUCUGCUCCAGGCUUCGUAUGCUUUAAAGUUCAUUCAGAGGCAGCUAGUGGACCUCUCAAUGUUAUGUGAGUCCACCGUCCAGAGACAACUGAUCUGUCCUCAGUUCUUCAUCCAGCUCCAGGACAAGCUUGAGAAAGUCCUCCAUGAAACCCGCUCAGUGUGUUGCCCUCCACCCAGAAAACCAGAGGAGGGUGACUUUGAGAUCAUCAAGCAGUUCAGCAGUGGCAGCUUUGGAUCUGUGAACCUUGUGCGCCACAGAGCAACCAGGAAAGCAUUUGCUAUGAAAAUCAUCAACUGGAGGAACCUGAAGAGAGAGCAAGACAUUAGGCAGGUGUUGGUGGAGAGAGCCAUCCUCUCUUACACAGAAAACGAGUACAUUGUCUCAAUGUUUUGCGCGUUUGAGACCAACAGAGACCUCCGUAUAGUGAUGGAGUAUGUAGCAGGUGGGGAUUGUGCCUCCUUGCUGGAGGAACGGAAGCGCUUUUCCACAAAGAUGAGCCGGAUCUACGUAGCAGAGACCACCAUGGCCCUAGAAUAUCUCCACAGCUAUGGGAUCAUUCACAGAGACCUGAAACCUGCAAACAUGUUGAUCACUUCAACCGGCCACAUCAAGGUGGCUGAUUUUGGCCUCUCAAAGAUAGGUCGACUCAACAUAGCGCAAGAUGUUGAGCAAGCACCAAUUAUGAGGAUCGUGCAGGAAAUCACGGACGAAGAAACAGCGGGCACUCCUUGUUAUAUGGCCCCAGAGGCCAUACUAGAGGUGGGGUACGGGAAACCUGUGGACUGGUGGGCCCUAGGUAUCAUCCUGUAUGAGUUUCUGGUGGGUGAAACUCCAUUUGACGGGACUGACGUUGAUGACCUUUGUGACCACGUGGUUCAAGAUGACAUCAUCUGGCCGGAGGGGGAAGCAGCCCAAGGAACUGUUGCACAGGACCUAAUCAGCCUUCUCCUGGAGAAAAAUGCCAAAAGACGUCUGGGGACAGGAGGAUCCGGAGAGGUGAAGGCUCACCCGUUUUUUAAAGGUGUCUGCUGGAGAUUCCUCAUGGAUGAAGAGCCUCCAUUCAUCCCCCAGCUGAGGACUGAGGAGGACACCAGUCAUUUUAAUUCCAGCAUAGCCCAGCAGUGCCAGGAGGACCGGGAGAACCAGGAGAACCAGGAGAACCAGGGUGACAAGGAGAACCAAGAGAACCAAGGUGACCAGGAGAACCAGGUGAACCAGGAACCAACCGUAAAGCUGCCGUACCUCUGCUCAGUGGCCCACCGAUUCACUGAGGUUUACGGCAGCCCGGAACAUCUGUCGGCUCCAAUCCCCUUCAACCAGAUCGUUGUAACAAGACUGGUGGAGGAGUACGAGGAGGAAGAGGACGAUGAUGAGUUUAACUAUGAAGGAUUGGAUGACUGA